CCCGCGCCGUCAACAUCGUCGGGGUUGUCAUUAACACUCGUUUUCUCCUUUUCUCUCUACACAUUUUAUAUCCUUUCAACCGUUUCUUUUUGAUAUAAAUCAUUAUUAAAUUUUUCUUCAUUCAAAACCACAAGUGAGAAUGUCAUAAAAAUUCUCCACAUCAUUCUGAAGCUAAAAAAUUAAUAUAUUCAAAGAUAGAUUAAUAUCAAGUUUGACAAUUAAUGAUUAAAAAUUUUAUAAAUAAAAAUCUCACAUCUUGGAGACAAUAUUUACCUGUAGUAGAAAGAGAGAGAGAGAGUAGAGACUUUUUAAUUCAGUGAGUCAUCAAGUGUGAUGAAAUGGUGAAAGAAGUGAUGAGAUUCCAGUGGAGGUGAGAAGAGAAUUGUCUUACAAUUUUUUGAUGGAUUACCAUGAUGAUGUCAAGGUGACAACUGAGAAGAAAAAAAAAAUAAAAAUUUCAUAAACAGAUGAAACAAAAAUUGUGUUAAUCUUAUUAUGAUUUAAUUCAUUAUUAACAUAUUAUAUUUAUAUUUUAUCAAAACAUUUCAAUGUUUUUUCGAUAACUAAAUUGAUUUAAAAAAUAUAAUUACAAAGGAAAAUCCCGCUAUCGUUAUCCUUAUCAUCAAUAAACGAAGCGCAAUAAUCUAAUCCAAUAUUAUAUUUUUAUCCACAAUGACAUCAAACUUGAAACUGAUUGAUAUUUACUAAAUUAUAAAAAGUAAUUAAUUUAAUUCAAUUACUUAAGAGUUAUAUUUUUUAAUUUAAAAUCACAGAAUGAAUUAUUGUGCAAAAAUAAAUAUUAAAGUUACAAGAAAAUUGAAAGAUAUUGAAAACUGAGUGAAUCACCAUCAAUAAGUGUGUGUUAUCCUUACCAAGAUCUUUGGAAAAGGGUUGAAGCUAUUAAGACGGCGCCGACGUGUACGUCGGCAGUCGCAAAAAUAGGGGGCUCUAGCGUAAUGCAGCGGACGGGUCCUAUCGGAGGGCCCGGGCAUUUAGGACUCCAGGGCCCACCUCGAAGUCUCAAGAUUUCUCCAGUUAAAAUCCAAGAUGAGCCGGGAGAUCCGCUAUCUCAAAAAGUAAAAAGCUCCUUAUGUGUUGGCUGCGGUGGUUGGAUACAAGAUCAAUGGAUUCUCAGGGUAGCACCGGAUCUUGAAUGGCACGCUGCAUGCCUCAAGUGUGCUGAGUGCCAACAAUUUUUAGAUGAAAGAUGCACGUGCUUUGUCAGAGAUGGAAAAACAUACUGCAAACGUGAUUAUACCAGACUCUUUGGGACCAAGUGCGAUAAGUGUAGUCAAUCUUUUAACAAAAAUGACUUAGUGAUGAGAGCAAAGACAAAGAUUUAUCACAAAGACUGUUUUCGGUGUUCUGCAUGUAUGAGAAAGUUAGAAACUGGUGAUCAGUUUGCAUUAAGACACGAUGGACUUUUUUGUCGGCACGAUCAUGACAUUUUAGAGAGUGGAAAAUAUUGUACAGGUGGUGUCGACAACACGGGAAAUGAGAAUAAUAAUAAUGCAGCAUUGACGAAUAAUAAUCAUCAUCUUCAGCCUAAUGAUGGUUCACUUUCUGAUUCUGGAUCAGAAAGUGGAUCGCAUAAAGCAGGACUGGGAAGCGCACGUGGUCCCGGAAGUCACAAAGGUGGUGGCGGAUCUGAUGGUAAACCGACAAGAGUGCGGACAGUACUCAAUGAAAAGCAACUACACACAUUGAGGACUUGUUACGCAGCCAAUCCAAGACCAGACGCUUUGAUGAAGGAACAGUUAGUUGAGAUGACUGGUCUUAGUCCGCGUGUCAUCAGAGUCUGGUUCCAGAAUAAACGUUGCAAGGAUAAGAAGAAAACCAUUGCUAUGAAGCAACAAAUGCAGCAAGAGAAGGAUGGAAGAAAAAUUGGUUUUGGUGGUAUGCACGGAAUUCCAAUGGUUGCAAGCAGCCCUGUAAGACAUGAAAGUCCAAUAGGAAUGACUCCUUUGGAAGUGCAAGCGUAUCAACCACCUUGGAAAACUCUGUCUGACUUUGUUCUGCAUACAGAUCUUGAUAGAAUGGAUCCUAAUGCACCUUCGUUUCAUCACUUGGUCUCUCAGAUGCAUGGAUAUGAUAUCCAUGGUGGACCAGCUCCCCAAUUAUCUCAACCAGGAAUGAUGGGUGGACCAAUGAAUGAUGGAAAUGGUGGUCCAGGUGGUGGACCACUUGCUCCACCUGGGCCUCAUCAUCCUGGUGCAGGUUCCGGUCCAGAUAUGGGUCAACAUCCAGACAGUACUGAUAGUUACGUUACGUAUCUCGAGAGCGACAGUGAUUCUUUACAUCAUGAUACUGGGAGUCCCUAGUGCCAUCCUGUAAACCUCAGAUGUACAUAGUAAAGUUGCCAGAAAGACUUCACUCUCUCACUCACACCCCAGUCUGCCUUUUCAAAGUGUUACUCAGCUCAUAAUCUGUAUUAAAAUUUGUAAAAUGAACCUUUAGAACAUUCAUAAAGAGUGAAAUUAAUAGAAGAAUCUAUUUUUCCUUUUUUAAUUCGGUAAGCAAGGAAUGUAGUAUGUAAAUUUUGACGUUGACUUGUAUCGAACAUGGUAAUAUGGGAGAUAAGAAGACGCCGUUGUGGUUCAGGUUGGGUGAAUACGAUAAUUGCAAGAAUGGUAAAUAACGUUGUAAUAUAAUUAAUGCUACAUGGCAAGUCGUUAAUGAGCGUAACUGGAAUUAAAAUGAGAAAGGGUACAGUCAAAAGUGGUGGUGGUGAGUGAAGGGUUGAGAGAGUGAGAGUAUCAUUUUAAUACAUACCAAAGCAUUCGAGAAGAAAUAUUGAACGCAAAAAUUUAAAUAAAAAUUUUACGACAAA